AAGCUGACGACAUUCUCUCUCGUCAAGUUCAACUUUUCAUCAUCAUAGCCUCUUAUGAUUUGACCUGCUCUUUCACUCUGAUCACAGCCUCUGCCUCCCUGUGAUGCUGGUCAUGUACUUGUUGAGCAACUGUUCAGUCACUAAAAGACUCUGCAACAAAGCCAAACCGACCGUCCCAGUGCGCUUUGGUCUUUCAUCUUCCUGAAGAUUUCACGAAGUUAAGCCAAGGAGAUAUCGCGACAGGCGGAAACACUGGCACCGAAAAGAGGAAAAAAUAAAUUCCGCCAAAGGGCGAACAGGCAUCAGAAAUUCUUCAGAUCAAAUGCUUUCAAAUGGAGACUACACAGUCGGCUGGAUAUGUGCCAUUACCGCCGAGCUUGUCGCUGCCCGAGCUUUCUUUGACGAACAGCAUGAACAACCCAGAGAAGUUACACAAAACGACAACAACAAUUAUGUCCUGGGGAAGAUCGGACCGCAUAACGUCGUAAUCGCCGUCUUACCUCAAGGCGAGUGCGGCCCAUCCUCUGCUGCAACUGUUGCGAGAGACAUGCUACACAGCUUUCCAAACAUCCGCAUUGGAUUGAUGGUCGGUGUCGGCGGUGGUGCCCCGAGCCCAAAGCAUGAUAUACGCCUCGGGGAUAUUGUCGUCAGCAGUCGCGGCGAUGGGAAUGGCGGUGUGUUGCAAUACGACUACGGCAAGACAAUCCAGAACAGUUCCUUCGUGGAAACAGGCUUUUUGAACCAGCCGCCACAGUCAUUAUUGACCGCAGUAAACACCCUUGAGGCUACAUAUGAGAUGCAGGGCCAUGAACUUGACAAUGAUGUUGAGAUGGCAUUGAAGAACAUCAAGAGGCGAAAGAAAUACUGCCGACCCCACGCAAGCACCGACAGGCUGUUCCGUCCCUCUUUCACACAUCCCCAGAACUCUUUUGCAACCUGCAGUCAAGUUUGCAGCGACGACCUAGCCCACCUGCUGACCCGGACCGCACGGGACGAGGAUGAAAACAACCCUAUGAUUCACUAUGGAUUGAUCGCUUCUGCAAGCACUCUGAUGGAGGAUGCCAUCAUUCGGGAUACCCUGGCCGCAGAAAGGAAUGUCCUCUGCUUCGAGAGGGAGGCCGCAGGCCUGAUGAACCACUUUCCCUGCUUGGUGAUCCGUGGAAUAUGCCAUUAUUCUGAUACGCACAAGAACGAAGACUGGCAAGGAUUCGCAGCUAUGGUGGCGGCGGCUUAUGCAAAAGACCUUCUGCGUCAGAUCCCACCUAAAAAACUCGAGGCCGAGACGAGGAUCGGGGAGCUUCUGUCUGAUGUUCUUAACAAACUAUCUACUACCGAGGCAAACGUGGAAACUGUCACAUCCAGGCUGAAAAGACAAGAGGACCUCGAGAUCCUGAAUUGGCUCACUCCAUUUGAUUAUGGCCCCCAGCAUAGCGACUUCCUGAAGAGGAGACAGCAAGGAACCGGUAACUGGCUCUUAGACUCACCGACCUUUCAGACAUGGCUCAACACUAACAAGCAGACGUUGUUCUGUCCAGGUAUUCCAGGAGCGGGGAAGACAAUUCUUACAUCUGUUGUGAUCGACCAUCUCGGUUCACGAUUCCCAAAGGGUUCCAAUGUGGGUAUCGCAUACCUGUAUUGUAAUUUCCGGCGGCAACACGAGCAGACAAUUGAACACUUCCUCGCGAGCCUUCUGAAGCAGUUGGUGCAGGAACUGCCUUCCAUACCCGAAGGUGUGAAAAGGCUUUACGACCAUCAUAUGCAUAAAUUCACCCGGCCAUCAUGCACCGAACUCUCGGAGACCCUACUUUCUGUCCUUUCUGACUCCAAGAUCUAUACGAGAACCUUCAUCAUCAUCGAUGCCGUAGAUGAAUGUUCAAAAUUGGUUGGAUGCCAAAAACAACUCUUAUCAGAAGUUUUCCGCUUGCGAAAAGAGACUGGGACGAAUUUGUUUGCAACAUCCAGAUUCAGCGAUGAGAUUGCAGAGCGCUUCGAUGGUGCCCAGUGUAUGAAGAUCCAUGCAACCGCAGGAGAUUUGGCAACAUAUCUCAAUGAGCAAAUGAACCAGCAGCCAGAUGUUUUCGACAGGGAUAUCCGAGAUGAUGCAGUAUCGAAAAUAGUUGCAGCAGCUGAUGGAAUGUUUCUACUGGCACAACUGCAUAUGAACACACUAAUCGGCCUGCCCACGAAAGGAGAUGUGAAGAACGCCUUACGAAAUCUGGCUAAGGGACAGGAUGGACUAGAUGAAACAUACAAAUUGGCGAUGCAAAGGAUUGAGGGCCAGGGCGUUGGCUAUCGAGACCUCGCCAUCAAGAUUCUGUCAUGGAUUGUUCAAGCCCUAAGGCCGCUUUCUACUCUCGAACUCCGACACGCCCUCGCCGUCAGACCGUCCACGAACAGGCUGGACCAUGAUUUCAUCCCAGCCGUCGGAAUCCUACAGUCUGUGUGCACUGGCUUGGUUACGGUCGAUGAAGAAAGCGAAGUCAUCCGCUUGGUGCACUACACAACACAAGAAUACUUCGAGAGAACUUGGCUAACAUGGUUCCCGGAUGCACACAAAGACUUGACAACAGUUUGCGUAACAUACCUCUCCUUUGACAUCUUCGAGAGCGGGGUGUGCCAAACAGACGAUGAACUUAAGAGAAGGUAUCAAGAAUAUCCGCUCUUUGACUAUGCUGCAUUUUAUUGGGCAUUUCAUGCCGAAAAGCUAUUGAAUCUACCACGAGAAGUGGUAGAUUUUCUAGGGUGCAAGACGAAAGUACGGGCGUCUGGCCAAGUAAUAAUGGACCAUAUAUCUGAGUUCCGCUGGCACAAGCUUUCAAGUCAAAUAACAGGGUUGCAUUUGGCGGCAUACUUCGGUGUGGAAAAAGCAGUCGAGCCUCUAUUACAUGAGCUCGACGUCAACAUUGAAGAUCCAAAGGGUACGACAGCACUGUUAUAUGCUGUCCAAGAAGGGGACGAGGCUGUGGUCCAACUACUGCUCGGCAAACAUGGCGUCGAUGUGAAUGCCGCGGACAAGGAAAGCUCCACACCAUUGUUAUGGGCGGUCGAAUUCAGGCAUAGGGCAAUUUACCAGCUACUGCUUAUCCACGGCGGCGUCGAUGUCAACGCCAAGUGGCAAUCCGGCGUCGAUGACGACACCGAGUGGCAAGACGGUUGGACGGCGCUGUUUUUCGCCGUUUUAAACGAGGAUGAGGUGGCUGUCCAGCUGCUACUCGCAAUAGACGGAGUUGACGUCAACGCCAAGUCUAGCCUAGGCUUGACGCCGCUCUCGUGUGCAGCUUCAUGGGGCAACAAGGAGAUCGUCCAGUUGCUACUUGCGAAAGACGGGGUGGACAUUAACGCUACGAACGACGAGGGUUGGACGCCGCUCUUGUAUGCAGUCUCGAACCGCAACGAGGAGAUUGUCCAGUUGCUGCUUGCAAAUGAAGGGGUGGAUAUUAACGCUAAAGACGGUGACGGCUGGAGUCCGCUAUUGUGGGCAGCGCGCCAUGGGGACGCGGUGGUGGCUCGGCUUUUACUCUCCAAAGAUGGGAUUGAUGUCAACGCCGAGGACAAUGAUGGCAAGACACCGCUAUCACAUGCGGCCAUGAGGGGUCACGAGGAGAUCGUCGAGCUGCUGAAGCCUCGGGCUGUCUGA